AAACCGUCGAUUCGAUUGCUAACGGCUAUUCGAUUCCAAGGCCACCCACAAUACCAACCCACCUCCCCUUUUCCCCCUCUCUCGCUCGAGCGCUAUUCGAAGCUCUCUCGCCCGAUAUCGCAGCGACCGAGAGUGAAACCCUAGAAACAGGGAGGCGGUCCUCUCUCCUGUCCUCGACCCUCUUAUAUAAAAGAUUUCAUCGAACCCCCUUUGUCUUCCUCUUCGCCUGUUCUUCUUCUCCGUUUUAUCUUUUUUCUUUGCUUUUUUUGGUGGAUUUUGUUGGUAUUUUAUUUUUUUCCAGCGGAGAAUGGAUGAAUUCCAAAGAUUUGGCUCGAAUCGGGUCUAAGGAUCGAAUCUUCCGACCUUUUUAUAGAACUAGGUUUUUCAUUGGUUUCCAUCUAAUGCCUGUUUUCUGUUCUGGAAUUAGGGUUUUUCGUCCGGCUCUCUCUCAGAGCUCCUAAUCUGCCGCCCGCGUCCGUCCGGAAAGCCACCAGUUUGGAUUGUGAACAUAAACCUUAGUUCGGUGUUAGCCACCUACAGAGGAUGUCGUCUCCAUAUUCUGUACUGAACAACAAACCCAUUGAUCAAUGGAGGGUUACUGAAUUAAAGGAAGAGCUUCGUAAAAGGAAGUUGCCUAUUAAGGGUCUCAAGGAGGACCUGGUGAAGCGGUUAGAUGAAGCAGUUCGGAAUGAGAAAGAAUCAACUAAAGAAGAAGUGGAUAAUGGCUUUGAUCUUGCUCCAGAUCCUCAGGACAAUGGUGAUCAAGUGGAAGAAGAUCCACAAGCAGAAGUUCAUAUUGAAGCCGUCACGGAUAAAGUUGAGAAAACUGACAAUGAUGCCACUAUAGUUGAUGGCAGCCCUCUAGAUAUCAAUCAAGUUGUCAACAUUCAAGAUGGGGAUCCAAUGCCUCUUUUGAGAUCAGAUGCAGCAGCUGUGGAACCAUCAGUUAAUGCAGCUUCCAUGGAAGACAGUGCUGCAGCUUCUGUGGGAGACAGCAUCACAGAAAGCCAACAUGUGACCCUUCAUAAUGAUUCAAGCAGCCAAGAUUUGCGAUAUGAUGAAAGGCACGAGGAAUCAAAGCCCUCCAUUGAGGAUGUCAUGCGCAGCCCGUCGGAACCAAAAAAUCAGGUAUCUGAGGUCAGCCCAGAUUUAGGGUUCCAAGUAAGGUGUGAGUCAAUUUCUACUGAUUCUGUGUCAAUUAUUGAAAAAAAUAAAUUAAAGGAUAAUUUGAAUGAUGAUAAUUUUCACUUAGAAGUUGUUAAGCCAGAGAUGAUGCAAAUAUCAUCCAGCAAUGAUCCUCCCAUUUGUGGCGAUUUGCACCCACUGGAUGAUGACAAAGAACUAGUUAAGAACCAGGUCUCUUUGGAAGAAGCAGAUGCCAAAAAUGCUACAAAUCUGGACCUUAGCAAGAAUGAAGAUAGUGCGGAUGGGGGUUCUCCAGAAAAAUUAAAUUUAGACAGGAGUUCAGGUGAUGAGUCGAUGGAGGAGGAUGUCUUGGAAAGUAAGCAUAUCGAGUCCAAUAUUAAGUCUGAUGAACCGGGGGAAAAAACUGAGGCCAGUGAAAUGCAUACUGUAGAAAAGGGGACCUCUGUUGUUGCUGCGGUGGGUGUGUCCUCUCUUGAAAAGAAGGAUACUGUGGAUGAAGAGAAGGUGGGACCUACUGCUCCUACUGAGAAGAGAAAACUUGAAGACAAUGAAGCCGUUAGGAUCAAUGAGGCAAUAAAGCGGCAACGGCGGUGGAAUUCAGAGAGCAUUAAAUUUCCGGAACAGCAAUCAUCCAACAUCAGUACUUCAAGUAUACUUAAGGAUGCUUUGCUACCUGCUACUAAACGUACAUUCACUAGGUCUGACUCAACACUUAGUGGAGAUUCUCCAAAGGAGCGAGUUGUGCCACCAUCACACAAGCUGCCAACAACUUCCCUGAGAAUAGAUCAUUUUUUGCGUCCCUUCACUCUGAAAGCUGUGCAAGAGCUGCUUGCGAAAACUGGAACUGUCUGCAGUUUCUGGAUGGACCAAAUCAAGACCCACUGCUAUGUGACUUAUUCAUCUGUUGAGGAGGCUGUAGCAACUCGAAAUGCUGUCUACAAUCUCCAGUGGCCACCUAAUGGUGGGAAACUUCUAGCGGCUGAGUUUGUUGACCCUCAGGAAGUAAAGCAGCAUGUUGAGGCCCCACCACAAUCAUCUGCACCCAUCAGUUCCAGCCCUGUGACACCAAAGGCAUCUCCCUUCGAGCAACCCCAGGCAUCCCAACCAUCCCGUCAACAUACCCUUAGGCAGCAGCUACCUCCUCCACCAACCCUUCCCCCUCCACCACCUACAUCCGAUCCACCUGUUGGAGAACGUCUUCCGGCACCACCUCCUCUGAAGAAACCGGAACAAGCUGUUGUGACCCUCGAUGAUUUCUUCAAGAAAACAAAAGCCUCUCCGAGGAUCUACUUUCUACCCUUGUCUGAAGAGCAGGUGAUGGCUAAACUUGCAGCACAGGGGAAAAGCAUCAGAGGCUAGUGAUUCCUUUUGUGUGUUUGAUUCCUAUAUUGGUAUGGAUGUGAAGGAUGUUCUUGCCUCUCAUCUCUUGUCAUGGUGGCUUUGUAUUAUAAGCAGCAGCAGCAGAUUGAUUUGGGUUACUUUUGCAGAGAAGAUUAGGCAUCUUGGUGAGCUUGGUUUUAUGUUCAUUAGUUCAGGUGAUUCCUAGGGCUAUUUUGUCCGGACUAAUCAAUUUCUCUUGUUGGCCUGAGGACAAUCUUAUAAAUUUUCUUCUAUAUUUAGCAAAAUAUAGGUUUUAGCUUGUCUGAACAAUAUGUGAUGCAAAAUGGUUUGCCUGGCUCAUUAGCUUAGCGUGAACCACUUAUUGCUCGCUCUUCUUACCAAAAACUGUGCUGUGCGGCCUGCAGGUAUCCUUAUUUGUUACAACCUUAAUUCAUUCUUUUCGUUGCAGGGAA